CAGUGAUUUAUACUGUCAGCAUAAGAACUUACAUGAAAUUCAGAUAUCUGCAUGCGUAGAGUUGAUGCUCUCUUUCAGUUUUUAAUGGGUUUGGUGGUGUGUUUUUUUUUCUGUUAUGGUUGAAGUGCACGUGGUAUUACUGGUACACACAUGAAUUGGAAGGACUUCAAUUUAUGAAGGAUGAUUAGUAAUAUAUAUAGUUGAUAAUCUAUUUGAGAUAAUUAUAAUUAUGUUGUUGCUGCAGGAAAUAGAUGACAUUGCUGAACUGAACAUUAUAGAGGAUUUGAAUAACCGUCCUUCAAAAAAAAAAGAAUUAGGUGUUCUGGAGCCAAAACCAAUGUCACCAACUAUGUCAGGAUCUUCUCGAAAUUCUGAAUGUUUUGAAUCAAUUGUGGCGGAAUCAAACAUUCAGAUAGAUCGUGAUCCAUUGGCAUCACCUCCAUCCUCAUCUAGCUCGACAUUAUCUUCUGUUUUACCAUUACAUGAUGUUAAGGAACCAGAUUCAAAUAAAGAGAUCAAAAUUGUUCAAAAAUAUGAUUAUCUACCACAAGAAUCAGACAUUCAGAUAGAUCAUGAUUCAUUGGCAUCACCUCCAUCCCCAUCUAGCUCGACAUUAUCUUCUGUUUUACCAUUACAUGAUGUUAAGGAACCAGAUUUAAAUAAAGAGAUCAAAAUUGUUCAAAAAUAUGAUUAUCUACCACAAGACUAUACAUUGACCGAUUAUGAUCUAUGUGCUCAUAUAAUAAUUGAAUCAUCUUUGAGAAAACAAGAGUUGGUUCAGAUAGAUGGAAGUACUGUGUUACAAAAUCAAUUGAUGUGA